GCUUUCCAAUGCAAGCGUGGUGAACAGCAGGACACUCUCGGCUGAGCUGCAUGGAGGCUCAGGGAGGGGCAGGGAGCCCAGAGCCCAAUAAAGACAUCCAGAAGUUGAUAAAGCCCUCCAGCUCAGGUGACCUAUCCAAGGAGCUGUUCCAGCACCCAGCGUUGGGGGAGGAAGAGGGUGGACUGUUAGGGCACACUGCUAGCCUGCUACACAUCACCGAGAAGAGACAACCACUGAGUAGUGUGUCUUCUCUGGAGGUGCACUUUGAUCUCCUGGACCUGACAGAGCUGACUGACAUGUCGGACCAGGAGCUAGCUGAAGUUUUUGACGACUCUGAUGAGGCGAACCACAACGAAUCCCCAGCAGGUUCACACCAGCCUAUGCUCCCCAGAGGUGGGUACAUGCGCUCUCCUUCGUGGACACGCUGCAGCAAAGUUGAGACCCCCAGAGAGAGAAAGCACCACAGCGACUCGGACACCGCGGAGCCCUUAAUGAAGCUGGAGAGGUCGAAGCAGCCAUGAAAUCUGCAGUGAAGCAGCAGAUCAGCAGAGAGAGAAAGAGAUAACCCAGAGAAGAGAGGCACAGCCAGUGUGGGAACACAAAGUGGACCAAGAGGCCUCCAAUCUCCCACUGUGCACUCACAUAACGUUCCAUGGUGCUCAAGUUCAGGGUGAACUCUGGACAAAGAACUCUGUGCUCUAACUUCAGAUUUUGAGAUGUACAGUACACACUCUCUCCUCUCUCCUUCUUUUAAACACACAUACACACACAAUCAUUGUGUUUUACAUGCAAGGGGCUCUUAAUGCACUCUGAGCUGCCCAAUGAUUUGAAGCUUUGUUUCUGAGUGACAGACAGGGUAUGAGGUCAGCCUCCAUCCUUACAGCCUCUCAGGGUGGGAAACAACCAGGACAGCAAGAUUGCUUCCUACAGUGUGUGUGUGUGUGUUGAAGUGCAGACACUGGGAUUCACAUUGAAUUCCCAGGAUAAGAAACACAAAUCAAAAGAGCUUUUCAAAGUAAAAUAUCAUGCUGAGGCUGCUGCUAAAUGUGUUGGCUUAAAAAUUUACAGGGUUUUUUUCUUUCUUUGACUGCAGUUAAGGUAACUUGAUCAGAUGAAGUGGAUACCAGUGAGGCUCUUUAUAUCUUCCACACCUUCUCCAUCUUGAUGAAGAACGUGUGUUGUUGCCUAAAUGAUUACUUUGCACUUCUUUCACUUAACUUUAUUUACGAUGCCCUCAAGAAUUAUUGGCAUUCGGUGCAGACAUCACACAAGAUAAACAGACCAAGUAGAGAGCUAUCUGCAACACACCUUCCCAUACUUCUACUCUGUUUUUCGUUAUGUUUCCAAAGCUGUUUUUCAAUCUUUCAAAAUGGUUUUUAGAAACAUGGCUGCAACUAUUGCUCCACUUAAUCAGUUUCCUGCUAAGCUUGUAGUUACAUUCCACUGACAGAGAUGCAUUAACCUGAUGGUAAAUACUUGAAGUUAGAUGUGAAAGGAGAGUUGCACCAGUUGUGAGCUUUGCAUAAAUGCCAAAAAUACAACAAAGUGCCAACAAUUUUCUAAUUCUGUUUUGAAGAUGCAUUUAACAUUUGAUGCAAUAUUUCACAUCUUUUUAGGCAAAGGUUAUAGCUGAUUACUUGAUUUAUUUAUCUCACCCUCAGCUUGUCUUCACCAGGAGUGCCAAUAAUUCUGAAUGCUGUGACACGAUGGAUCAAAAUGACACUGGGAUGAUAGAAGAAUAAAUACAAGUCCUG